CUCAACGUCCAUCACCCCCUUCAGCUCCUUGUAUCCUCUCCUUGGCGAACUGGAAAGGCACCCAUCGCUGACUGUAUAUCCGCGGUCUUCUUCUGGUGUAGCUCGCCUCCACGCUUCCUUGGGUCCGACUAUCUGGAUAGCCGCGCCACCAGUGUCACCAACACGAUAUGGAGCCUGAACCUACGGGUCCCGCGGUCCUGUCGGCGCCUGCAGGCGUGCAUCCUCAGCAACCAAUACAACCACCACCUCAAGUACCUCCUGCGGCCACGAAUGGUCAUUAUAAUUUUCCCCAAUUAACUACUCAGAACGGGAACGUGGUCAAGUCACUUGUUCGAUGCGACAUGUGCAAAAAGAACAACACAAGGUGUGAUAGGACUCUUCCUGGGUGUGGCACCUGUGUAUUUGCAAGGAACCCGUGUGUUUACACCCCGAUACCGCCCCACGCGCACAAAGGUGUCACCCGAUGCGUGACAUGCAAGCGGGAGAACAUCAGGUGUGAUCGAACUCUCCCUGCCUGCGACCAAUGCGUAGACAGUGGUAUCGAAUGCCAGUAUAUCUCUGGCAGGAAGCGUGGGCGCAAAAAUCCACCGCCGGGGACUGAAGCCGGCCAAAGCGCGCCAAUCAGCACAGUCAGUGUACGAUCAGACGACUUGGACGCCAGCGGCGAGGACGAUCCUGAGACGGAGGAAAAGACAAUAUUGACGCCAUCUACCUCGAGGACGCCAUACCCACCUGCGCCUCAGCCCAAACCUUCGGCUCCUGUGCCCGCAAAAACACCACAGCCCGCCCCAGUGACGUCUGGUCGAUACUCCUCUCACUAUCGCGACGCGCCCACUGGUCACACCACUGCGCCGCCGAAAGUGCGCGGCGUCGCGCACAACACCGUCACCGGCCUCAAGCGCCAUAACUACACGUACAUCCCGUCCUCCGUUCCUCGUCCCGUCAUCCCCGGCGCGCACAUCCAUCCAUGGAUGAAUCCCGCGUUCGUUGCGCUCCCCGAGGUCAUCAUCGCCGGCCUCGCGCAUAUACCAUCCGUUGAGCUCCCGGACCGUAUCACGUUCACCGAGUCCCUGAACCGGUUUUUGGGGCAUGUCAUAGAGGAGCAGCGCAGCACGGUCUGUCUGGGGCAGGAGGAGUACGCGGACACGGCGGACUGCCUCGCGGAGAACAGGCUGCACGACCUGCCCGAAUCCGUGCGCGAAUGGGUGCAGUUCCAUCAUGUCAUGUCAGGCUCUGACCGCGCGGGGUUGCUAUUGAUCCCGCGGGAGGACCACUUCCAGAGGUCGCCGAAGCUAUUGGAGCGCUUGCGCUUGAUCUAUCAGUGUCAUGUUGAUGGACAGACGGGCACGGCGAUGUAUAGGGCGCUGCCGCCGAUGGAUCUGGAGGGCUUGGAUUGGCUGUCCGUCUUCCAACGCUUGCCUGUGAAGGAACAGAUCUACGAUAUCUUGGCGUACGCGCAUCGCGGGCAUGGAUCGACGACGCUCAUGCUCAUGGAAGUGCAGCGACUAGGAUUUGCCGGCAUUUCCUGGCCGAUGGCGCAGCUCUUCUGCGAUGUGUGCCCCCUUUGCAACAUGCAGACCGUGACGAAGUUCAGGAAUGUCAGUUACUCAGUUACAUAGUCAUGUGUAGGUCGUAAGUGUAGUAGGUUCUCUGCCCGUGCCGCGCAUGUUGGUUUAUAUCUACUUAUACUGUCUGCUCCGACUCUGAUUCUGGAUACGUUGUACAAUGAUAGUCGUGUCGUCCAU